UUUGGGGAACCUGCGGACACCAGGGGACACCUGCUGGGCAGGGACACAUGGCUCCGGGCACAGCCCAGGCACUCUGCUGUGGGUAAGAGGUGACGAGCGCAUUAUUUUAGCAGCUCGGCAGGUUCUUCUCAGGGACAAAACACUUCUGUUUGAGAAAAUACCUUGGUAUAUUGCUGGGGGUUAAAGGGCAGAGCCUGGGUGUGGGUAAACUAAGGCAGCAUAGUCAAAAGAACGGUAAGCUGCCCUGUGAAGGGGCACAAGACGGCGAAGAGUCAGUGGAAACUCCAGACCGGUGGGCAGCAGCGGUACCCACCGCCACAGGCGUCACCAGUUAGCUGUGGAGCAACUCCCCACCCCCGCACCUGCUCCUCUGCACUCCUGCAGGCCCACGUCCUCAGUAAAGUUGACCCCAUUCACAUCAGCUUUCAGAAAAUGGUGCUCUAGGUGGAAGUGGAGGACAGAGCUUCCUUCACAUCUGGGUUUAUGGGGUGCAGAAUAGUGUGAACCCAUCCAGGAGACUAGGAGCCUGGGGCAGGGGGUGCACGGGGCCCUCUGACAUAGGCCUUGGACUUGGGGAUCUGAGUGAUCUCAUUCUCUCUAAGCUGACGUCACGGAUGGGAGCAUCCUAGGGUCACCUGGGCCCCCAGACUGGGUGUUGGCCAGCAGCAGAGUUAGGCCUGCCCCGCUUGGAAAACUCCUGGGAGGUUCCAGUUCAGUGCCCAAGGACAGCCCCCCUCCUUUGGCUGUCAUGUGAGUUUAGGGUGGGGCGAGCGUGUGGCCACCCCCACACCUCCCACCCCACCCCCCGAACACACAUAACCCUGUCAACCUGCCCCCUGCCAGUCUGACCAGCAUGGUCCUUAAACCAGCAGCACCGUAAGGAGCUGCAGGCUGGGGCCGGAGCAGCCCGAAGACAGGAGAUCAGAAGAGGCAGAGAUCAGAAGAGGAACAUAGACCUGGGGGCGAUGGAGUCAGGCCGGUGCAGCUUGGCUAAGAUGCUGGUGUGCCGGCUCUGGAUGACCAUCAGCAAGGCUCUGUUUGCCGAGUUCCUGGCCACGGGGCUGUACGUGUUCUUUGGCGUGGGCUCGGCUCUGAGAUGGCCCCUGGGGCUUCCCUCUGUGCUGCAGAUCGCCAUCACCUUCAACCUGGCAACGGCCGUGAUCGUGCAGAUCACCUGGAAGGCCAGCGGGGCCCACGUCAACCCUGCCGUAACGCUGGCCUUCCUCGUGGGCUCCCACAUCUCCCUGCCCCGGGCUGUGGCCUACGUGGCUGCCCAGCUGGCAGGGGCCACGGCGGGAGCUGCUCUGCUUUACGGGCUCACGCCUGGGGACAUCCGAGAAAACUUUGGGGUCAAUAUGGUCCGGAGCAAUGCCUCGACUGGCCAGGCGGUGGCGGUGGAACUCAUCUUGACCCUCCAGCUCGUGCUCUGCGUUUUGGCCUCCACUGACAGCCGUCAGACCACGGGCUCCCCUGCAGCCACAAUUGGAGCCUCGGUGGCAGUGGGCCACCUCAUCGGGAUCUAUUUCACCGGCUGCUCCAUGAACCCAGCCCGCUCCUUUGGUUCCGCUGUCAUCGUGGGGAAGUUUGAAGUCCACUGGAUCUUCUGGGUGGGACCCUUGACAGGAGCCAUCCUGGCUUCGCUGAUCUACAACUUCAUCCUGUUCCCUGACACCAAGACCCUGGCCCAGCGACUGGCCAUCCUCACGGGCAGUGCAGAAAUGGAGAAAAUGGAAGGGGAGGAACCCCAGAAAAAAGAAACCCAGGCCAACUCAGAGGACACUGAGAUGGACAGUGUGUGUCAGGUGGCAUAGAGCUUGGCCUCUGCCCUCAAGCUUCUGAAAAGAGCCCUCAAAGUGGACAGCAUGCUUUAUAUAACCAGAUUUCAGGUUUUCCUGGGGACAUGGGGGGCUUGCGAGGUGGGGUGGGAAGGCUUGGCCUCUUGACCUAACAGGGUGGGCAGGGGAUCCCCAGCAUUACAU